GAAGCAUUCCCGCGCGUGUUUUUUCCUUUGGAAUACCCAGAGGCUAAAUAUCCGCCGCCGCCCUUAACCAUAUUCCUCGAACCAUCACGAUAAAUUCCUUACUGUGCUAGGGUGUUACUCUUGGAGGCUCUCACUAUGAAUAAUUAUCCUACGUCGCCGUUAUCAUCGCCUUCUUAUGGUCACAACAUCGACAGUGGUGCUAGCUUAUGCAAUAUCAAGACGUUUGGUUUUAUUUGCGACUUCUUGGACUCAUUGCGCGCCCAUGCGGAUGUGUCGGACGAUACUGACGCUGCAACAUCUGAUCUACAUUUCCUACAUUCAUCCUCGAUUCCCACAUUUCAAUCCGAUCGACCGGCGGGCAAUAACCAGGAACCGCCCGUGAACGCUAGCUUGGUUGACGGCUCUUCCAACAGUCGAAGUAAGGGCCGCCAAUCACAAUGGCAAUCCUCAUGGCGGUUCAUCAAAAAGAUCGAUGAUUACCAUCAAAGGCUUCAAGAAUGUCUGAAGAACAUCCCGGGCGAGCUCAGUAGCUGGUUAAAAACGUGUGGCGAGUCAAAGGAUAUCAGAAACUGUGGUUUGCGGGCUCUGGGGGACAUUCUACAGAAUGCGAUCCCAUCUGAAUUUCCCGAGAUAAUCUGUGCCAUGAUUGUCCAGCAUGCGAUUUCUCAUUAUGCUUCUGAAAGAAGCUCCUUCGAAGACGUCCAGUCAGCAUUCACUAGUUGGAGAAACACGGUACCGUUAAAUAAAACCAACCAAGAGAGCCUGGAUAUAGUAUUCGAACAGCUGAAGUUAGCGGACAAAUCAUCAUUAGAAGAUGCUCGACCUACCCGACCUCCUUUCGAAACACAAGUUUUUGAGACGGGGAGACAAUUUACAAACCCAAGUCCUAAUUUCUACCCUCAGACUAUCAACGACAACUCUCUGUCCAUGUGGCAGUUUCCUAACACGAACUUCACUCCUCGUAUGAAUGGAGACUACCUUACACCCUACCCGUUAAACCAACCUCAGCCACCGAAUUCAUUCGAUCUAUUGGGCAAUCAGUAUUCCAUGCCGUUCGUCGCGCCAGCCAAUAGGAACCAGCCAUUUCUUUCGCAUGAGGUUGAUGCACAUUCUACAUUUCAGCGCCAGCCUCAUUUACACGACCCUGGACCGUCGUAUGAAUAUCCCGAACCGUUCGGCUGCCGCCCCCAUGGGGCCCAGUUAGACCCAGGUGCUUUAAACCAGUCCACCUCCUUUAUGAUUUUCAAGAGAUUCAUAGAUAACUUCACGGAUCAGGGUGAUCUGCCUCACCUUUUCGCUCAGACGCCAAUUCGCUGGAAUAACUUUCCAUUGACUUCUAACGCCCAAAUUUUCGAGAAAGUGUUCUUCAAUAAGAUUGACAAGACCUUCUUGAGUCCGCUAAAGGAUUCUAUUACGCAAUAUUCACAGCAUCCGAUAGCGCAGGCAAUCGUCUCAGCUACAUGGUCGGUGACAUUGCUUGGUGCCUUGCACUCAAUAGAUGACGCGGUUCGAUAUAUGAUCCAUCUAAGUAAAAGUUUAUUUCCGGAUACUCACUCUUGUCGUCACUUCGCCGAGAUCGUGUUGAAAGCCUGCCCUUUACCCUAUGUGGUAGAUGUGUCAAGCAGUUCUACGGGUCGCCCAAGACAUAAAACAACCCAUAAUUACGAUCAAGAACUCGACAAGAUAGAGAGAGGGUUCAAUGGGGAAUAUCACCCCGCGUAUCUAUUUGCGUCUCGGGCCUCUCAUUCUCGAGACCCUCGAAACCAGCCCACAAUUCCCUCUCAGGGUAGCACUAGUCAGCCGACACUAUCCAUUGAGUCAGCAGGUAGUUAUACACAUAGUGUGUAUGGAACCAAUACGGAGAUUUCCACUCCAUACGAAUUGAAUAACAACCAAGCAUCUUCUCCACUGAUUACUGUGCGGUGUAACCAAUGCGACAAGGUUUUUAAGGGCAAAAACAUCAGCUCACACCUGUCUCGGCAUAAACGAUCACACGUGGACGCGACCAUAAAGUGCCCAAAUGGCGACUGCACCAAGACGUUCAAAGGGGGGCGCACCGAUAAUAUCAGGGCGCACUGCAGGAACGUCCAUAACCUGUCGUUGCCAGAGGAUGGGAGGGCGUUCUGGGCAAUGCUGUAUGGGUCGCCUGAAUAAGCCGGCCCUACCUGUUGCCCAUCCAAGGAUUUAUUACUGCCUUAUAUGUUAACAUGGCUUAUAUCAUUCUACGAAUGUCUAAGCGCUACGUAUACGACUUCACAUUUUCAUCAC